GGGUAGUGACCAUCUGUGUCUGGAGACUCCUUGAAGGCAGGACCUGGGUCUGACCCAUUUUUGUGUCACCAACAAUGCAAAGCGUGAGUCAGCCUCUGGAGACACUUGCUGAAUGGCUGCAAAACACAGGAAACACCCCCAGCUUCAGGCCAGGGUCCCUCCCAUCUCUCCUCCCACCUCUGACUUCACACCAUCCACCCUCUGGUGUCUUCAAUGCCCACUAUGACUUCACCCAGUUGGCCUGCGACAGGCAAUCAGGUUGUUGUCCACGGCUACCAGGUCUUUCAUGUCCACCGUGACUUCCAGUACCACAAGCUCUUUUGCUCCCACCAUGUCCUCUCAACGUAAAAGAACCCCAAAGCCCAGCAUGCCUCUGGCAUCCACUGGACCCUCCAUGCCCACUGGGGCUCCUACAUCUCCUGCCUCCUUGAAGACCACCAAAUCAGCAAUGCCCACCAAGUCCUCGGUGCCCACCAAGCCAUCGACAUCCCCCAACUCAGUCAUGAGCCCAAGCAGUUCAAAGUCCUCCAAAUCAACAAAUUCAAAGAGAGCCACUUCUAACAAGUCCAGCAGCAGGCCCCGGGGCCACAGCAAGGUGAGAACAACUAGUAGGGUAAGCACUGACACGAGGGCCAGUACCGACACCAGGGCCAGCAAAGGCAACAAGACCAGCGGCGUGAGACACCACCAACGGAAGGGCACACGUAGCCGGGGCAGAACGCCCGGCAGAAGGGGAAGCCGAGGUUCCAAGAGGUCACCCAGCAGGGCCAGCAUUGCCAGCAGGAUAGGAACUCAUGGUGCCAGACCAGGCAUGGCUAGCAGCGUGAGAACUCCUACUAACCAGGAAAAACAGAGUGGGGGGAAGAGUUAUAGCCGGCCUAGAAAUGUGAGCAGAGAGAAGAGUUGCAGCCCACCAGGAGCCUCGGGUAUGGAGAGGAGUUCCAGACUGGCCGUAACCCCCAAUAGGGCAAAAAGUCACAGCUCAGCUAGAGUCCCCUUUAAGGAGAAGUAUUAUAGCCAGUCUCCAUCGUCAUCGAGGAGGGUGAAGGGUUACAGUCUGGUGACCACCUCUAGCAGGGAACAGAGUUACAGCCCAACUGAAGUGACCAGCAGGGUCAAGGUUAGCACCCCACACAGGACCCGAAGUCACAGCUCAUCUAGCACCCCCAGCAGAACCCGAAGUCACAGCCGGUCUAGCACCCCCAGCAGGACCCGAAGUCACAGCCAGUCUAGAACCCGUAGAAGGGCAAGAAGUCACAGUCGGAAGAGGAAUGACAGCAGGAUGAGAAGUUACAGUUGGAAGAGAACUCAUAUUAGGAUAAGAAGUCACAGCCGGAAGGGAACUCCUAGCCAGAUGAGAAGACAUAGCCAGUCUGGAAGCUACAAGCAGAAAAGUCAAAAUCAAUUUAGAACCCCCACAAGGAAAAGAAGUCACAACUGGUCUAGGAACGCCAGCGAGGAAAGAAGUCACAGCUGGUCUAGAAGCCCCAGCAAGGAGAGAGAUCAGAGCAGAUGUAGAAGCCCCAGCAAGGAGAGAGAUCGCAGCCGAGCUAGAAGCCCCAGCAAGGAGAGAGAUCGCAGCCGAGCUAGGACCCCCAGCAAGGAGAGAGAUCGCAGCCGAGCUAGAAGCCCCUGCAAGCAGAGAGAUCGAAGUCGAGCUAGAAGCCCCAGCAAGGAGAGAGAUCGCAGCCGAGCUAGAAGCCCCUGCAAGCAGAGAGAUCGCAGCCGAACUAGGACCCCUAGCAAGGAGAGAGAUCGCAGCCGAGCUAGGACCCCUAGCAAGGAGAGAGAUCCCAGCCGAGCUAGGACCCCCAGCAAGCAGAGAGAUCGCAGCCGAGCUAGAAGCCCCUGCAAGCAGAGAGAUCGCAGCCGAGCUAGAAGCCCCAGCAAGCAGAGAGAUCGCAGCCGAGCUAGAAGCCCCAGCGAGGAGAGAGAUCGCAGCCAAACUAGAAGCCCCAGCAAGCAGAGAGAUCCCAGCCGAGCUAGAAGCCCCAGCAAGCAGAGAGAUCGCAGCCGAGCUAGAAGCCCCAGCGAGCAGAGAGAUCGCAGCCGAGCUAGAAGCCCCAGCGAGCAGAGAGAUCGCAGCCGAGCUAGAAGCCCCAGCAAGCAGAGAGAUCGCAGCCGAGCUAGAAGCCCCAGCAAGCAGAGAGAUCCCAGCCGAGCUAGAAGCCCCAGCGAGCAGAGAGAUCGCAGCCGAGCUAGAAGCCCCAGCGAGGAGAGAGAUCCCAGCCGAGCUAGAAGCCCCAGCGAGGAGAGAGAUCCCAGCCGAUCUACAAUCCCCAGAAGGCCUAGCAGGAUGAGGAGUCCCAGUCAGAACAGAACCUCUAGCAAGACAAGGAGCCACUCCCCACCAACAUUUCCCAGUGAAGGCCAAACUCCAAGCCAGGAUGAUAGUCAAGCCAACACUACAACCUCUAAAGCCAUCUCACCUGGGGAAAGGUCUUCAUCAUCUUCUUCCAAGCUGGCGUAGCCUCCAGUCUCAGCUGGCUCACGGGUCUCUGUCAUGGCCAGGGGAGGGGACAGGAGACAGGAGCAGAGCAGCAGCUGAGCAGCGUCCCUCCCUGGCCAGCUAUCCGCAACCACACCUCCGGCCACAAGUUCUCUAAUACAGGAUGUUGGCAGGUAGAGGGGGAUGCUGGACAGGGGAAAGGAAAGGCCUGUGGUGACUCAAUAAAUUUUUACAGAGCACCCAUCCCCAA